GCUGGGCAAGGUCGAUGUCAAUACAAAUUCAUUCACAUCCGAGGAGCUCAAAAAGGCCUUGGCUAAAAUGAAGGAAAGUGAGAAGGCAGAAAGGAAGGCCCGAGAGGAAGAGGUGAGGAAGAAGUUCCGGCCCAUAGAGCAGCUGAAGGAGGAGUUUGAAAAGCUGAACAUGAAGAUAGAAACAGAUUAUGAAAUUAUGGUUAAAUUAAUCAGCAAAUUCAACAGCUCUGCCUCCACGCUGGAUGAAAAAGUAGCGGCGCUUUAUGAUCUCGAAUAUUAUGUUCACCAGGUGGACAAUGCCAAGGAUUUCCUGUCCAUGGGCGGGCUCCGGCUGCUGAUGGAGGGGCUGAACAGCAGCGAGGCCUCGCUGAAGGAACACGCUGCGUUCGUCCUGGGAGCUGCCCUGUCCAGCAACCCCAGAGUGCAGAUCGAAGCCAUCGAGGGUGGUGCCCUGCAGAAGCUCCUGGUUAUCCUGGCCACAGAACAGCCCCUGGCUGUCAGGAAGAAGGCUCUCUUCGCUCUGUCCUCCAUGCUGAGGCACUUCCCCUAUGCCCAGCAGCAGUUCCUCAAGCUGGGUGGCCUCCAGGUGCUCAGGAGCCUCUUCAGGCAGAAGGGGAUGGAGCCCCUCCACGUCCGUGUGGUGACGCUGCUCUACGACCUCAUCAUGGAGAAGAUGCUGCUUGAGGACCCGCAGCACGGAGAGCAGAUGGAGGAGAAAAUCCAGCAGUACCGGCAGGUCAGGCUGGUGCCGGCGGUGGUGGAGCAGGGCUGGUGCUCCCUGGUACCCAACCUGCUGGCCAUGCCCGAGCAUGACACCCGGGAAAAGGUCCUCAAGCUGGUGGGGGUCCUGGUGGCCUUCUGCAGGGAGCACUACCGGGGGGACCCCGCGCUGGGCACCACCCUCAGCCUCCUGCGCAGCGAGUACGAGGAGCUGGCGGCCGAGGAGCAGAGGGAAGGGGACAAGGACAGCUACUUCAGGGAGCUCCUGGGCUCUAUAAACACCAUCAUCCAGGAGCUGAGGUGAAACCGUGGGUUCAGUCCAGUUCCAGGGAAUUUGGGGUGGCAGCAAGUUUGGAUGGCAGCGGUGUAGGUGCACUUUGGAAUAAACUGCUGGAUGAGACGAGCUCCCAGCACUGUGUGCCAAUAACUUGGUUAUUAAAGUAUAUUGGGGCGUGGGGAAUGGCUUGUUUUCAUGGAAUACCGCUGGAAAAACAGGUGUACAGUGGAGGAACAAGCUGAGGGCUCAGCUGGGGAAUUUGGGGUUUGCAGAAGGGGAACAAGCGGUGUUCCCUUGGGGGGCUGUGUUUGUGUCACCCCCAGGAGGGGAUGUUUGAAUCCCAGCACUCCCUCCAGGCCUGGCAGAGCCCAGCUGGUCACUUCCAUCCCCCAGUCCUUGCAGGGCUCUGCCACCACCAGGGAUGGGCACAAAGGCCACCAGAUCCCCCCUGUGACCCUGAAGCCACUGGGCUCUAAUAUUUGUGGCUCCCACGUACAGUGUGUCACUUGUUACUGUUAAGUAGCAGGGCUAAUUAUUGAUUCUCUUUUGAGCUUUCUCUUUUUGGGGUUUGUUCAGACUGUUUUUGCUGGCAUUAAUUUUAUGUUUUUUCCCUAUUUUUAUCUGAAACGCUUUUCCCAGCCAGCCUUGCCAAAGCUUCGCUUUGUAGGCUUUAAAAAAAAUAAAA